AUACAUCAAUUAAAACGUCAACAACAAAGUCUUGAAGAACUGUUAUUUGUGUUAUUUCUUCCUCAAAGUUAUCAGUUUUCUUAAUAAUGCCGUACGCUAAUCAACCUUCUGUACACAUAACUGAUUUAACGGACGAAAACGUAAAGUUUUACAUAGAAGACACCGAAUUAAGCGUCGCGAAUAGCAUAAGAAGAGUUUUAAUAGCUGAAACUCCUACUUUAGCUAUUGAUUGGGUAAAGUUAGAGGCGAAUUCGACGGUUUUAAGUGACGAAUUCCUGGCGCAUCGAAUUGGUUUAAUUCCGUUGAUAUCCGACGACGUAGUUCAACGUUUACAAUAUCCGAGAGAUUGUAUUUGUACCGAUUUUUGUCAAGAAUGUAGUGUCGAGUUUACGCUGGAUGUAAAAUGUACUGAUGACCAAACUAGGCAUGUUACAACAGCUGAUUUAAAAUCAAGCGAUUCGAGAGUUUUACCUGUUACUUCAAAGCAUAGAGAUGAAGAUUCUGCUGAGUAUGGUGAUACUGAUGAAAUUUUACUUAUUAAGUUGCGUAAGGGGCAAGAGCUGAAAAUGAAAGCUUAUGCUAAGAAAGGUUUUGGAAAAGAACAUGCAAAAUGGAAUCCAACUGCUGGAGUUUGUUUCGAAUAUGAUCCAGAUAAUGCAAUGAAACAUACUUUGUUUCCUAAACCAGAUGAAUGGCCCAAAAGCGAAUAUAGUGAAUUGGAUGAAGAUCAAUAUGAAUCAUCUUAUAACCCAGAAGCAAAACCAAACAAGUUUUUCUUUAAUGUGGAAUCUUCUGGUGCAUUAAAACCUGAUAAUAUUGUAACCAUGGGUGUAGCUAUGUUAAAGGAUAAAUUAUCCAACCUUCAAACUCAACUCAGUCAUGAAUUACAAACGGAUGCCCUUGCUAUAUAAAAAUUAGUUUUAAGAAUUUGUAUUGUAACCUUUUAGGUAUAAAUAAAACAAGUAAUUUUAUGUUUUAA